AUGCGUUUCACCAACAUCGUUACCCCCGUCCUGGCGAGCGCCACCCUAGCCUCCGCCCUCUGCCACAACUCCAUCUCCUGUCUCCUCGGCGGCGACUCGACCUGCAACAACGUCUGCGUGCGCCAGGGUAACCCCCACGGCGGCCGCUGCCUCCCCCGCGACGGCUGCCCCGGCUACGACAUCUGCGCCUGCUACCCAAACAACAAGCGCAGCGACGAGGUGAUUGACGGAGACGAGCCCCUGCGCGAGGUCCUGAACAACAUGGGUAUCGAGGAUGUUGUGAAGAAGGUGGAUGCCAGAGAUGCUGCCUUGGAUAAGCGCAGUAUCUGCUGCAGCUUCCCCGACCCUUGGGGAGGACUCUGCUGUGAGGAUCACUGCAGCUACAUCGGGAAGCCUGGUGGACAGUGCUCCGACAAGAAAGUUUGCACCUGCAACUAG